UGAGGAAUAAAAGAGAUGUCUUGGAAUUUGAAUGAUUGUCUGCUUGCUAUUGGUGUUACGUUAGUUGCAGGCUUUUUCUAUCUGCAAGAAAGAAGAAUUAAGGAUUUCAACGAUUUAUAUUUAGAAAUUCGACAUGAAGUGAAUUCGAUGAAACUUGCACAUAAAGAUGAAAUCCACGCGUUACGUUUGAAGAUGUUUGAUUACCUAGAAAAGCAAAAUGCCAAAAAUAUGUUUUCAAAUAUGAAAAACAAUCUGGAAGAAAGAAUAAAACUAACAGAAGAAACUCAUACUAACAACACAAGGAGGGUUUUGGAUCAAAUUGAUGGCAUAGAGAGCAGAUUAGGAUUGCCAGUUGCAUUCUACUCCAGAUUAAGUCAACAUCAUCACAGUUCACCUCCCGGUACAGUUUUAAAAUUUGACGACGUCAAGUUAAACAUCGGUAGUGGUUACAAUCCAGUCAAUGGAAAAUUCUCAGCUUCAGAAAAUGGACUCUACUUUUUCACCUGGAAUUACCUCAUACAAAAUGGGAAUAAUGCCUACAUCGGGGCCUACGUGAACGGGAAACAAGAAGUUGACACUUGCACAUAUUCUCAUGGCAAUCCAUUUAAUUUGGCUACCGGAUCACUUGUGGUGAAACUAACUAAGGGUGAUGAGGUUUGGUUACAAGUAUUUUACAAACAAGCUGAAUUCUUACAUUCUACGUACACAUUCUUCAUGGGAUAUAAGUUAUCAGCAUUGCCUUCAAGUUAAUAAAAU